AUGGCGCAUUCAAGCAAAUCACCUUCAGCUUUAGUUCUCCUCGACAAACAUUCAUUUGAAAUAGAUGUUGAAGAAGAUGAACCAGAUCAUUUAUCUUCUUCCCACCAUCAUAUCAUCGACAUCCACCCUUCAACAAUAUCUUACCCUUUUGUUCUUUCAUUCAACAACUUAUCAUACAAAGUCAAAACUAAUCCUAAAUUAGCUCUUCGAUUUUUCGGAAAAGCAGGCCAGUUUUGUUCACAAGAUCAGAUAAAGACCAAAGUUUUACUAGAUAACAUUACGGGGGAAGCACGAGAUGGAGAAAUUAUGGCAAUUAUGGGUGCUAGUGGAGCUGGGAAAUCAACUUUGCUUGACGCUCUUGCAGGUCGCAUAGAGAGGGAGAGCUUGAAAGGAUCCGUGAGUUUGAAUGGCGAAUCGCUUCUCGAAUCGAAGUUUUUUAAGGUAAUAUCAGCUUAUGUUAUGCAAGAUGACCUUUUGUUUCCUAUGUUAACAGUUGAAGAAACGCUCAUGUUCUCGGCUGAGUUUAGGCUUCACCGUUCAGUGACCAAGGCGAAGAAACGCGCCAGAGUUCAAGCUCUGAUUGAUCAACUAGGCCUUCGAAGUGCGGCGAAAACUAUUAUCGGUGAUGAACAACAUCGAGGCAUCUCAGGAGGCGAACGCAGGCGCGUUUCGAUUGGAAUUGAUAUAGUUCAUGAUCCAAUCCUCUUGUUCCUCGAUGAACCCACAUCAGGACUUGAUUCCACAAGCGCGUUUAUGGUUGUCAAGGUCUUGCAACGAAUUGCCAAGAGUGGAAGCAUUGUGAUUAUGUCCCUCCAUCAACCAAGUUACAGAAUUUUAGGCUUAUUAGACCAAGUCUUCUUUCUCUCAAAAGGAGAGACUAUGUACAAUGGGAAACCAGCUUGUCUUUCACCAUUCUUUGCAGAGUUCGGGCGUCCGAUUCCUGAAAACGAGAAUCAAACUGAGUUUGCUCUUGAUUUGAUUCGCGAACUUGAAGCGUCUCCUGGAGGGAUCAGUAGCUUAGCUGAAUUCAAUAAGUCAUGGCAGGCGAAGAAGAUUCGCGACGAAGUCCACAAUCAACAAAAUGUUUCACUUGAAGAUGCAAUCAAAGAAAGCAUUGCGAGAGGAAAACUGGUAUCAGCCUCAAAUGGUACAAACAUAAAAAAUUCGUCAGUUCAAAAAUUCGCAAAUCCAUUUUGGAUUGAGGUGAUUGUUAUUGCAAAACGAUUGCUUUUAAAUUCAAGAAGAAUGCCAGAGUUAUUUGUAAUUCGAUUAGGUACAGUUCUCGUUACCGGACUUAUCUUGGCAACCCUUUAUUGGCAACUCAGUGAUUCUCCAAAAGGCACACGAGGAAGAUUAGGGUUCUUUGUAUUUGCCAUGAACACCAUUUUCUACAUAUGUGCACGAGAAAUCCCAGCUUUUCUUCAUGAGCGAUUUAUUUUCAUAAGGGAAAUUUCUUACAACACCUAUCGCCACUCAUCUUAUUUACUUGCUCACUCUUUAGUCUCUAUUCCUCCUUUGAUCACUCUAUCUCUUGCCUUAUCGUUAACAACUUUCUGGGCUGUUGGUCUGGCUGGUGGGUUCUCCGGAUUCUUAUUCUUCUUGGUCAUAACUUUUGCCUCAUUUUGGACUGGAAGUUCAUUUAUGGCAUUCAUUUCAGGACUCGUUUCGCAUGUAUUAAUAGGAUUUACAGUUGCGGUAUCCGUUUUAGGUUAUUGUCUUCUGUUUAGUGGAUUCUACAUUUCUCGAGAACAAAUUCCUUCAUAUUGGAUUUGGUUUCAUUACCUUUCUUUAGUGAAGUAUCCAUAUCAAGGAGUUGUGCAAAAUGAAUAUGGUGAUGAAACUAAGUGCUUUGUAAGAGGAGUGCAAUUUUUUGAUAAUACACCAUACAUGAAAUUCUCCGACUCCAUGAAGUUGAAGCUAUUAGAAAGCAUGAGCAAUGUGGUUGGAACCAAUAUAACAAGCUCAACUUGUCUUUCUACUGGUGCUGAAGUACUUGAAACGCUUGAGGUGUCAGAUGUUAGCAAAUGGAAUUGCUUGUGGAUUACUUUAGCUUUUGGAUUACUCUUUAGGGUUUUGUUUUACUUCACUUUGUUGCUUGGGAGCAAGAAUAAGAGGAAGUGAAUAUAAUGGUUCUGAGGUGAUGAGAUUGGAUUUAGUUUCAUGAAUAUAAGAUGCAUCCCUUGCGUUUAAUUUAUUACAGAGGAUUUUGAAGUAUUAAGUUUGUAUUUAGUGUAAAAUUUUAAAGAUUAAAUUAAUCUUGUUGCAACUAUUAAUUUAUUUUGUUUGUAUGAGUAUUGUAUCAUUCUUCAUUCACAUGUUUUG